UUGACGCACUGUGAAGCUUCAUGUCAGUGAACUGAGUGCUGAGCGACUCAUCUGAUAGCUAGCUACAAAUUUUGUUUGCAAAUGAAUGGGGGAAAAAAUGCAUAUGUUGUACUUGUGCCUCAUCGAAAGAUUUUAUUAAUGAACUGCUGACCGUGGCAGAUUGCUAACUAUGUCGCUAGUUACACAAGUAAAUUGGAUUAUCGUCUUCAAAACAUAGCCUGAUCAAAGAUUCAGUGAGCUUGACUCUGGUUGAUUACAGUCGUCAAUCUAUGCACAGCUGUGUCCAGAAUUCCACAUGUGGGCAUACUUGUGCAUUUUAUAUUAUGUACGCCACAGAACAUGGUCAUCAGAUGGAGAUAAUUUAGCACGGCGCUAAGACCAAGCGGAACUCUCAUCGCCCGUCCAGCAGUGGGCCCUCACGAGGGUCCUCCUCGCCUCUGUGCGGUGAUUGGGUGGAAGAUGGCGCUGGGCGAAUGAAAAAUCCUAAUGACAGUUUCCAAAUUUGCCUCUUUUUGUACCAUGGGCGCCAAUGCCUCCGCUCUGGAGAAAGAGAUUGGCUCAGAGCAGUUCCCUGUCAACGAGCACUACUUCGGAUUGGUCAACUUUGGGAACACCUGCUACUGUAACUCGGUGCUGCAGGCUCUGUAUUUCUGCCGUCCAUUCCGGGAGAAGAUCCUGGCCUACCGCAGCCAACCCCGACGCAAGGAGAACCUGCUGACCUGCCUGGCCGACCUGUUCCACAGCAUCGCCAACCAGAAGAGGAAGGUGGGAGUCAUACCACCCAAGAAGUUCAUCACGCGCCUACGCAAGGAGAAUGAGCUGUUUGACAACUACAUGCAACAGGAUGCCCAUGAGUUCCUGAACUACCUGCUCAACACCAUCGCUGACCUGCUGCAGGAGGAGAGGAAGCAGGACAAGACCAACGGCCGCCUGGCCAAUGGCUCGCUCGACUCCCAGAACCACAACAGCAACGCCCCGCCCCCCUCCACCUGGGUCCAUGAGAUCUUCCAGGGAACCCUCACCAACGAGACCCGCUGCCUCACCUGCGAAACGAUCAGCAGCAAAGAUGAAGACUUCCUGGACCUGUCAGUGGAUGUGGAACAGAACACGUCCAUCACACACUGUCUCAGGGGGUUUAGUAACACAGAGACUCUCUGCAGUGAGUAUAAGUACUACUGUGAAGAAUGUAGAAGCAAACAGGAGGCACACAAAAGGAUGCGUGUGAAGAAGCUGCCUAUGAUCCUGGCUCUACACCUGAAGAGGUUUAAGUACAUGGAGCAGCUGCAGCGCUACACCAAGCUGUCCUAUCGCGUCGUCUUCCCUCUGGAGCUCCGCCUCUUCAACACCUCUGGAGAUGCAACCAAUCCUGAGAGACUCUACGACCUGGUCGCUGUCGUGGUGCAUUGUGGAAGUGGCCCAAACCGAGGACACUACAUCGCCAUUGUGAAGAGUCACGACUUCUGGCUGCUGUUUGAUGACGACAUUGUAGAGAAGAUAGACGCCCAGGCCAUAGAGGAGUUCUACGGCCUCACCUCUGAGAUCUCCAAGAACUCGGAGUCAGGCUACAUCCUCUUCUACCAGUCCAGAGACUAACUGUCCCUGGAGAGGACAGCGCCUUCCAGUGGAGCAGAGGAGAAAAGCCCAGUGCCUCAGCAGUAGGAAUAAUGGACCAUACUAGUGUAUACCCUCGGUGGUGUCACACACCUGCACAGGUGUCAUUCAUACCUGUGUAUAUGGAGCUACUGCAGCUCAGCCUACUUCCCCCACCCAGUCAGCCUACUUCCCCCACCCAGUCAGCCUACUUCCCCCACCCAGUCAGCCUACUUCCCCCACCCCGUCAGCCUACUUCCCCCACCCAGUCAGCCUACUUCCCCCACCCAGUCAGCCUACUUCCCCCACCCAGUCAGCCUACUUCCCCCACCCCGUCAGCCUACUUCCCCCACCCAGUCAGCCUACUUCCCCCACCCAGUCAGCCUACUUCCCCCACCCCGUCAGCCUACUUCCCCCACCCAGUCAGCCUACUUCCCCCACCCCGUCAGCCUACUUCCCCCACCCCGUCAGCCUACUUCCCCCACCCCGUCAGCCUACUUCCCCCACCCCGUCAGCCUACUUCCCCCACCCAGUCAGCCUACUUCCCCCACCCCGUCACUUAGGCUGAAGAUACUGCUACAGGGGAGAGUUGUGUCAAAUGUUCAGUGGAUGUUGUAUCAAAGUUUUAUGAGUUGGAAAGAUGCUUAAUGAGGGUUGUACAGAGGUUUUGUGAAUGAGGCGUUGGUUUUAGCAUGGGUGUUUGGGUGGGUUGAGUGGUUAUUUAAUGAUUAAUGUGUUGUAAUAUCGGCCAGGCGUCUGCACACUCCUUCAGACUGUAAUACUGCUUUGGUGCCUGGCUGGGGCCUAGUCAGUGUAGACCAGUUGACUGCAGGAGGGGGGAGGCGAGUGUUCCAAGUGUGGGGUGCUUGGGUCGUGUAUUUCUACCGUGUACAAAAUGUGGUAUUUGUAUAAAUAUGAGAAGAAUAAGAUAUUAUCAUAGGUGGGGAAAAACGUAAGACCAUGAGAAGAAUCUGUAUUGACACUUUGGUGCACUUUUGAUACCAUUUUGUAGGUGUUGGCAAGGUUUAUGUGAGGGUUUGCUUGAGAAAUGGUCAUUGUGAAAUGUUCAUUUUCUGUUUUAAAGAAAAAUUAAUAAAAGCUAAUAAAAACUGUG